UGCAUGCCUUUAGAUGGAAUUCUGAAAAGUAAAAUGGAUGCCAUUCAAUUAGUCGAGAUCGCGGCCAGUGGUGAGAAUCGUAAACAGUCACAGUCGGUCAAGUGUUGCAGCAUUGUGUAUACGUGUACCAUAUUAGAAAUAUAAUUUUAUAUAUAUAUAUAUAUAUCUCGCAUACUUCCUGAUCGAAACAUCGGUUACGUGCGAAUCGGCAUUGUGCGAGGCUUAAUUGUUCUCGUAAAAUAUUCAACCAUCGCGGUUAUAAACAUAACCAUAGAAUUGAAGAUUGACCGACAUUCAUGUCAUGUACUUGGGAAUUUAACUAAACGAAUGUACAAUGGGUGAAUUAAAUGUGUGCUUUCAAAUAGACACAGAUAAUCGGGAGAAUUUCCCAUCCGCGAUCGCUUUCCAAUCAUUUAAAAAUCAACGAGACACGUUCUACAAAAUAUUCCGAAUAUGGGAGGAGAACCACUCAGUGCCUGGGUGGACGUUUCAGAUUGCUCUGGGGAGCAAGAUAAGAUCCAUGUUGACCUUGCAUAAUGACGCUAUAAAUUACUAUCACUUUGCAAGAUUGUUCAAAUCGCAGCUCCUAAUCUCGUGUAUACAGAAUAGACAGCAUGCGGAAGUAGAAGAUGACGAAGAUAUAUUGCAAGCUUUGAGACAAGUAAAUCCUAAAAAGUUGAAUCAAUUACAGGAGAGGCUGGUGACCCCACAGCCUUCCAAAAAUCAAAUCACUGGGCCAACUUUCCCAGGGGUUCAAGAGUUCUUUAAAGACUUCAUUUUAUUUGCGUUUAAUCCAAUUUUUUACGUGCAUUUAGAAAACUGUUUGAUUUACGAGAUAAUAGAGUUAAAUGACACUCAGUUCAAUAACAGCGAGAUCGAGGAUUCAGAAACUACGGUAGAUGAGCAAACGCAACAAAAUUUCAUCACUUGCUUAUCCAGUUUAAGACUUCUUGCAAAAAUGCUAGGGCUCCUCGUAGCACUACCAUACAGAUCAGAGUCGAAUAAUUUUAAGGAAUUAGUAGCGACUCAAGUCGAAGUAAGAAGUAAAGUUUUACCGUCUAUAAACAUGCAACUCUGUCUUCACGAUGCAAUAGCAUUAGGUAAAUUAUCAUUGACCAUACCUUGGAUAUCGGAAUAUCUAGCUAUGAUGGACACCGUGUCGCUUCGAUUGCCGUAUUACAAGCAAACGUUGGAAUUGUUAUAUUAUAUUUAUAAAGCUGUGAACCAUUCCGAUUUCUCGGCAUCGGACACUUUCCUUUCCCAGCAGACAGCGAUUUUGCUUAAGUCCACGUUGAACUGGCUGUUCGAAUUACCGAAUUUCCCGAAGGAUUUGUAUUCUACUUGGCAAAAGAUGUACAAAGUUAGAGAAUUUCGAAGUUUGAAACAGCUCGACAAAACUCAUAUACAGAAAAUGAUGCUAACAGGAGAACCCACAGUGUCCGUUAAUUUGUCUAAAUGCAACUUGGACAAAUUGGAUAUAAUUAACGAAAAAACGUUGCGUAUAUGUUGCCCGACAAUCGAAGCGAGCGUUUCCGUAUCGAACCCUAAUACGAAUUUCAAUAAUUACAACCCGAACAAACACAUUAAACCAGUAACUAGUCAGCUUAAAUCUACGAAAAGUGCUGGAAUAAAACAUUUAGAGUUGCAAUUGGAAGAAGCAUUCUUUCACGGGCAACCAGCGUCGACGCAAAAGACAGUUGAUUUCGUGUCGGAGAGGGUUGCGUCCACCUGCGUGAAGCAUAUAUGCAACACCCUCCUGAUGACUUCUAGGGAGACGAACUUGAACAAUUUUCGAAAGAUUCUGAAAAGGAAACAGGAGCAAUCACUCGAGGAACAAUUGUUCAUCAAUACGACGAAUUUCAAGGCAUCUGUGGUGAACGACAUGAACGCUGCAGCCACGAAUAUAUCUAAGGAAUUGAAAGAUCAAUGCGAGACGUGCAUACCGACAAUUUGCGAAUUGCGAGUGACCCAAUCGAUAGAAGCGCUUCUAGCGGAAGACUCUUUACCGUCUGUUAAAGAAAUGUGUGUUAAAAUUGCAACGAGAUUAGCCACGGAGCGAAUACACCAGUGGAUACAAUCCCACAUCGUAGGUGGGUCACUGUUUAUAAAAGAUAUGGAACUUGAGUUAAACAGGUUCCUAAAGAACAACACACCACUGCAGCCUAUCCAAGAAAGGAAGCAUAAUCAAAAUGCUCUUAGCCCGACUACUACUACCGACAAUUUGAGGGAGCUCAUAUGGGAUCUACUUGAGAGUGGUGAUGAAUCUUUGACGUUAACAACUGUUUCGACGACGUUAGAUAAUUUAUAUCAGACUUUAAACGAAAGAGCAGAUUUAGUAGUGGGAGUGGAAAGAAUUUUGUACUCUCUUAGCACAGAUCUUGCUUUAUUUUUAGUUGCUUAUCGAAGUGAUUUGUUCACUGUAAAAGUACAAGAGAAAUUUAUAAAGGUAUGGGCGAUGAGUCGCUGUAAAGCUCUGGAAUCAGACUCGCCUAUACAUAGAAUAUUCAGUUCUAGAAACAUUAUGCUCUUAGCUCAACCAGAGAAAGCAGAGAUCUGGCCGAUGUUCGGAAAGUUUAUUAAAAAACUGAUCGAGAAAGACGUUUUAGAUGUCAACAGUCUUAGCGACCAGUGUGUAGCUUUGUUCAGGCAAAACUGGCCUGUGCCCACUUUAAGGCAUUUGUCAAAAUGUUUGACAGAAGUGAUAACAGAUUUUAAAGCGUCGGACAUGACAACUGAGAAAGUAAAAUUCCUACUUGGCUGGAUAGCUGAAACGUACAGCGAAAUAGAAUUUUGCAACUCUAGACAUUGAUGCUCUCCAUCUGGUAUUUUUCACUUACUGUAUAAAUUCCAGAAGUUCGAUGCACAUAGAACUGUAAAUUAUUGUACAUUAAUUAAUUUAACGAUGGAAAGGACGCGGGUUGAGCGCAGUGACUUUGCCAAUUGUUGCUGCAACCGAACUGUGAAUUGAUAUAGAAAAUUUUUAUGGACGAAGUAUCGUUUAAACAUUGUAUGAAUCUGUGCACCUGAACGUUUAUCUAUUUUUAGACUUACAAUUAAUUCAUGUUUCCUAUGUCGGGUGUUAAUUGUUGCAUUUUAUUCCAUUGAUCGCAUAUUUUAUAAUCGAUAAAAUUCUAAUCUUUGACAAAUGUAUGAAACGUAAAAUAAAGAAACAUUUGUU